AUGGCGCGGGGCAAAGUGAUAUGGUUAUCCGUUCUGCUACUCGGAUCAACCUUGGCACAGCCGGUACCUACUCCACAAUGCCCGUGCCAGUGCGAGUCCCCCUGUGAAUCCCCCUGUCCCCCUCCGUGUCCCUGCCCCCCUCCGUCCCCUUGUGACCCUUGCGAUGCAUCCAACGGGGGCUCGGGGAUCAUACAGAUUAGGCCGUGCAACCCUUGCGAGCCGAGAGUUCGUUUCAUAAAUGGACAGGCACCCCAAAAUACGGUUCUUAUAAAGCCAGGGCAGAUCAGAUUCCCGACUCCACCGCCAAUAGUCGUCCGACCUGGCGCGAUCCGCCCUUCAACUCUUGGGCGUAUCUUAGUGAGGCCAGCUCCUGUGCAGCCGCCACAGCAACCACCUAUCACAGUCAGACCCCCAUGUUUGCAGCCCCCUCAGCCCCCAACGAUGUGCGUCAGACCCCCACCCGUGGUCCCACCACGCCCGCCUCCCAUUGUGGUCAGACCACCCCCUGUGUAUGUGCCUAGACCCCCACCUAUCAGGGUACAACCCCAACAAGUGCAACCACCAACCCCUGACAGUCUCAUCGUGAAGCCGCCCAAAAUCAUCGUCCCAGCCCCUCCAAUAAUCUGCUUCAGACCAAACCCUCCAACCUGCUUUAGAACCAUCGGUUGCGCUAGCGUAACACCAUACAGAUCCCCAUGUCAACCACCUAGCCAGAACCCUUGCCCCAACCCAUGCGACACGUGCCCACCCCCCUGCGAAACAAGUCAACAGCCAUGCGACCAACCCCUUUGUGACUCUUGUCAACCCCCCUGCGAUCCCUGUCAAUCCCCAUGCGACCCUUGCCAGCCCCCUAGUGACCCUUGCCCGCCUCCCUGUUUCGGAUAA